ACUUCUGCUAAAUAUGGGCAUGAAACCGGUGAGCGUCAGCUCAAGUUGACGGUCUGUGAAGUUAGUGUAAUACCAGUUUAUAUAUUGUGGUAGAAUAACAUUUCUGGUGUUACUUUAAUUUUUAGAGUCGAUGUUAAAAUUUCCGUGCGCCUAUGAACGCAGCACAGCAGCGAGUCAGACCCCAGUAAGCAGGAGCAGAGGCUGCAGGUGGAGAAGCUGAAAAUGUCUUCCCCUCCACUUCCACCCCCAGCUCCGCCUCCAGCAGCGAAGAAGAAGAAGAAGCUGUACCAGACCAUAGCCAGCAGCAGGAGUCCUGUGGAGGGGGACCACACUGAGGCCUGCCUGCUCCUCAGACAGAGGGAGAGCUGUUUCAGGCAGGAUCUGCAGUGGUUACUAGUAAACAAGUACGUGCCUUCCCUCAUCCAAGACGGCCCACAGUGCGGCUUGGUGGCUCUGUGGAUGGCUGCCCACCUGCGACAGCCGCAGCUGAGCGUCGCAAUGGAGACGGUGGUUCAGACAGCAGUGAGGAGGGGCUACACCGCCCAGGGGGAAAUGUUUUCAGCGCGCGACAUGGCCCUGCUGGCUGAGGAGCUCUGUGUCUGCAAGGCUGAACUGCUGUCGGGAGGUCUGAGCGGCAGAAACUCGGCAGCCGUCAUCAAACACCUGUGGAGCGGACAACCCGUUCUCAUCCCGUAUGAUGAGGACUUCAACCAUGAGCCAUGCCAGCGUCAGGGUUACAGGGCGCACUGGGCCGUUGCUUCAGGUGUGCUCCUCAGUUUGAACCAGGAGAGCGUAAACGACGAGUAUGCUCAGCCGGAUCCCUCUCUGCCCUGGCUCUACGUCUCCAAAGGCGGCCAUCUUCCUUGUCCCACCACCAGCACUGAGGUUUACAUCCUUGCCAAGCAGGGCAAGAGCCUGCGCUACCAGCUGUGGAGUCUGGACAGCGUCGCCCAGAGCAACGGGCAGCUGAGGACGAUGGACCCUCAGCGAGCCAACGAUGGGAACCAGUACGUGGUUCCGGAAGGAGGAGUGGAAGCCGGGCUCGCGGGACAGGCGGUGUUACUCCACACGAGGACUCAGCCGCAGGAACCACAGUGACGCUGCUCAAAAACUAGUUUCAUCCGUUGCCACAUCCUCCUUAAGGGUCGCGACGCAACAUUAGUAUGGAGGAGAUAUUGUCUAAUCAAGAGAACAAAAGUGUCACAAUCAUUUGAUAAAUGUUGAGACAAGUGAUAGAGCAAUAAAAAUUGUAGACAUCGUACAUCUAAAAAAAAAGAAAAAACAUUUUUAUGGUCUCAAUAGCUUAAUACGCCAGUUUGUACAACUACAGUCCAUUGCGGAACAUUUUGAACUGACUUUCCCAUCAAACCUUCAAAGUGUGAUUGGUUAAUUUUCACAGCAGCUUGGGCGUCGACCAAUCACCUUGUCUGUAACACCCACUGAACAAUCAAGUAUGUACAACUUUAAGAAAUACUUCUACAUUUAAAAUAUGUUCGUUAUUGACUUACACAGUGCAUACACACAUUCACAACUUUAUUUAAAUCAAUUUAUUUUGCUAAUAAAUUGAUGUGGCACUUUU